UAAAAUAAUAUAAACGAACAAAUAAAUGCCACUGAAAUAAAUCCCAGCGCUCCCUCCCUCGGCCCUAGAGUUCAUCACUGCCGAGCAGAUCUAGAUCCCAAAUCAAGGUUCGAUUUUCACACACAUUAGCAGGUUAUUACCGUUUCGCCACUGUAAAAUAAUGUCAAGAAGACCCAAUACUUCUCGUCGAUUUGGUGACAGUGUCGGCAUUCCUUUUGUGGGUGCAUUGCAUACCAAGUCCCGUCAAUCUCCCCUACUUUCUAUAGGACUUGUUGUAGUGGGAGCACUGCUGAUUCUUGGUUAUGUGUAUCAUGGUUCAGGUGGUGGGAGUGGUGACAUAGCUGCUUUAAACAGACUUGAUGGUGGUGUUUCAUGUACACUAGAACUGCAAACACUAAUACCGAUUCUCAAGAAAGCAUACGGUGAAAGCAUGAGGAAAGUGUUGCAUAUAGGCCCCGAAACCUGCUCGGUAGUUUCCCAAAUACUGAAAGAAGACGACACCGAAGCAUGGGGCGUAGAGCCGUACGAGAUGGACGAUGCCGAUGCCAACUGCAAGAGCCUCGUGCGCAAAGGGGUUGUGCGCGUGGCCGAUAUCAAGUUUCCCCUUCCGUACAAGCCUAAGUCCUUUUCUCUUGUCCUUGUUUCGGAUGCUUUGGAUUACUUAUCACCAAGGUACCUUAAUAAAACCGUUCCUGAGUUAGCUAGGGUUUCCGCUGAUGGCUUAGUCAUAUUAUCUGGUUAUCCGGGCCAUAAAAUAGCUAAAGGGACGGAGCUAUCCAAGUUUGGACGCCCUGCCAAAUUCCGGAGCUCAUCGUGGUGGAUAAGAUUUUUCAUCCAAACAAGGUUAGAAGAAAACGAAACUGCGAUCAAGAAGUUCGAACAGGCGGCAGCUAAGAAAGCGUACAGGCCCGCCUGCCAAAUCUUCCACCUCAAACCUUUGCAUUGAUUACCCGAAAAUUACCAUGUGCAGAAAUUGUGUUCGUUUGUUUUAUAUACCAACGCGAGAUAUAAUUAUCGUUGAUUGCGAAAUUUUGUGAUUUUUUUUUUUAUAAAUAAAUUAAUUUAUUUCACCUGAGCUGAAUUCAUGUUUCUUUAUCCAAUGUUGUUUGUUUGAUCAGAUUUGCACAGGGACCUAAUGCAAAUAUUGGAAAUUCUAUUUUUAGUUUUUUACCCUAUU